UUCAGACAUUAAAUUGACAUGUUACAGAAUUGCCUGAGUCAUAUUAAUAGCUGUAUUUUGACAUUUCAAUAGGUUAUGUAAUAGAUGUAAAAUACCAGAGAAGUAAACGAAGCAAAAUACAUGAAAGUUAAUCUGUGGUGUUGGGAGAGCUCUGUGUGUGUGCACCUCUGCUGACUAAAGAUACACAAACUGAGGCUUUUACUCUUUGCAGUUUCCAUUACGGACCAAUCUGUGCUGAAAGGUGGAGGAAAGCCUGAAAUACUGAAAAGCGCUCUGCUCACUGUAAACAGUAACUUUACUGCCUGUAAUACAUCCACUGCCUGUAUGUGAUUGGUAAUGUGCAGCACAUUAAUUCUCCCCCUCCCUCUGACAUUCCAUGUUAAGUUCUGCUCUGUCAGAUUAAAAUACCAGUUUUGAGGACCAAAAAUAUGCGGGGCUCGGCUCAAAACAUUUGGGGCUGAAGUGGUAUCGGCCCACCAGACCUGCAGGAUGGACCCAAAGCUUUGGCACCAUGCUCACAGCUGCUUUUCACUGUUGCUGUUGACAUCAUGGGUGCAGCCACGUGUACAAUUGGGAUUUUCUCAGUAUUGGGCUGCACAUUUCAGCCCACUUUCUUUACAUUGUACAGUUACUGUGUGAUCUUAGAUUAGAUCUUUAGGAAUUUUAGAGGAACAUAUAAAUCUGGGCUGAGAAAAAAAUAGAUCCUCCUUUCCUUUCCCCCCAAAAGACAGAUUACACUUCCUUCAGUCAAAAAUAAAUAAAUACAUAAAUAAUUGCACCUUCCCCAUCUAAUAAUUUUUGUACAGUCCCUUACUAUUAGGUUUGUUUGGAGUGAACAAUUACAAAAUAUGAUUUGCUUUGUGGUUGUUUAUUUGCUUCAUUUACUAUCAAGCUAAAUAUUAUAAUGUUAGCUAGCUAAGUAAACCAUUGUAAAACCAUCUCACUUGUCUUUUUACCUCUUUUGAUUGCCAACUUCACUUUUUUUUUUGAAAAAACAUAAUUGCCUGAUUGCCUGUCCCCCAGAAUCAGCAAUAGGGCCCCCAAGAAGCUCUAGUAUUGUUUCUGAUACAAAAAGAAGUCUAUCAUACUGUUCUAUUCAGGCAAAAAAUGACAACAACAACAAAACACUUUACAUGUGUGAUCCAUAAUGUAAAAUUAAAAACAAGCUUUUAAUUUCAGGCUUCUUGAGGGCACUCCCCCGCCUCUGUCUGCCAGAUGUUCUCAUACAUUUUUAACAUUUAUUCUUACUGUCAGACAGACAGACAGUCAGUGGUGGAGACAGAGUUCUUUAUGAGCACCAUAUGUCUCCAGACAUCACAGAGGAUUACUGCUGGACUGAUGGAGGAAAAGAGAAAAAAAGACAGUCCUAUUGAGGUCAAAGAGAAGGACAGAUGUCAAGACGAUUACUGCCGGACAGGAAUACUUUUAUUGAAUGUGUGUGUGUUGGAUGGGAUAAAAGAGGCCAGACAGGUCCAACAGCAGAAUGCUGUUCUCUUGUCCUUGCUGUGUGUCUCCAGUGUCACAUAUAUUAAUUAUUUCAGAUUAAUUAAGAUUUGAAAUGUCAUAUCUUAUUGGAACAGAAACUGUGGCAAUCCCAAAAAUUAUUCAGUCAGGGACUGUGUAACUGAAAGCUGAAUGGAAGGACUGGUCACAUCAUGAAUGGAGACGAAUUUGAACUCUGUCUCUGUUUUAGGUAGGAGGUUUUAAGGCUGAGCAGAACAGACAGGAACAACAAGGAUUAGAGAGAGAUUUACUUUGCAGUGACUGACUGACUGCAGGAAUAAAGAAUUACAGUGAGGGAAAAUGUCCCAUUUGGUAAAAUAGGAGUUCUGCAGCCUUCCAUCAUUCUCUCCUGCCUCCCUGUUGAGAGGAGCUGAAAUGUGAGAAAGUAAAGGAAGCAAGGAUGCAUGUUAGCUAAAUGGAAUGCACUCUAAAGUUUAAAGGCCUGUAGAUUUGGUGGCACUUGUGGUUAUUGGUGGCAAUAGUGAAUGCAUUUUAAUUAUAAAGGUCCUAGGUUUUCAUUUGAAAUGACACUUGACCACUGCACACACACCUUGAGCAGCUACUUUGUCAGAAAUGUAACACAAGAAAAUCUGUUUAUAGAGCAGCCAAACAAACUAUGGGACGAACUUUCAUUGCAUCACACUGUUUCAAUAAAGGAGACUGAAGAAGACAGUAACAAUACAAAAUGCAAACAUACUGUAUCUAAUGGCUGUUGUCAACCAUAAAUAGUAUCAAAAAUGAGGUUUGAUGCAAUGAAAAUUACAUUAUGUGAGGUAUGCAGAAUUGCGGACUUUGGAACGUUUGCAGAAAGGGCUCAAAGAGACUGCAAGGAAGCCCAAUGGUCAGCCCUGAUCCCUCGUUUUGUUUGUAUGUGUGUGUGUGUGUGUGAUGGGCAUGAGUUAGACAAAUAGAUUUUGUAACAAAAAAGCAGCAGGUGGACUUUGCCUGUGCUGGGUAGAGAGAUACUUUAAUAGAAGCCUGGCAGUGUGUCAGUGCUGUUCAGCUUGCAGCAGGAAGAUGAGCUCCACCAAGAUAUGUUCAGCUUUGGAUACUGUGACAGUGUUGUGUGUAACCAGUUUGAUUGUAGCUAGGCCGGUGGAAUUGAUCCCCAGUCAGACAGCAGCCAGACAAGAGGGGGCCGCUGUUCUUUUUUUCGCCGCCUGUCAGGGCCAGCUGAGAGAAGUCCAGUUCAACCCAAUCAUCUUCAACCAGGUUUCGUUGAACCAGGGCUCUGCCUACAACAAUGACACGGGUGUGUUCACUGCACCAGUUGCUGGCAUCUACCAGUUUGUGUUUGCUGCCCAGCUCUGCCGCGGAGACCACAACAACAUGUGGUACUUGACAGUCAAUGGGAAGGAGAAGAUGCUCUGCCAUGCUCAGAUAUCUGGUAGUGACACAACCCUCAACACCUGUUACUUAAUGGAGGCGCUGAAUAUAGGUGACCAGGUGUGGGUAAAGCAGAGCAUGGGGAGUUGUGCUUGGGCCAGCACUACCUCCAAAACCAUCACCUUCUCUGGCAUGUUGCUGGCAAGUGGAGGUGCAUCCAAGCUGGGAGAGGAGUACAUCUCUGGCAGCACCUUUCCACCGCCCAGCCUGGACAGCAACAGGAGCAUGGAGGCCAGCUCUGCAGGCCCGAGUGCCACUUUGUCCAGCAUGGCUGUUGCCCUGCUGCUCCUCUGUCUAGUCCUUGAUUAAUCACAGCAAAGUUAAAGAUACAUAUAUUUUAUGUGUAUAACAUUUGUAUGACAUUUUUGUGUAUGUGUAUGACAUUUUUGUAAUGUGCAUUAGAGCUCACCAUAGAGGCAUACCAGGAAUUUGGCUGAAUUAGUGUUGAUGUUCAGUGGGAAGUUCUGUGCUGGCAGGAAUAACAGUCAGUGGUGUAAGCACCAACUAUCCAGCAGAUGGAGACACCUAACUGAUAAUGUCCAUACAUCUACAGUUGGGAUGUAGGAUAUUAUUCAUGUGCUGUAUACUUGCUCUGAAGAUAAAUGUCAUACACUAUGGAAUCCUAAUUAGAAGUAUGAGGGUAUUUACAUGUACCUGAAGAGGGUAAAAAUGUCCAUUUCAUUUAUUCAUGUGAGAACUGUGAAAGAAUAAUGCCAGGUUUUAUUUAAGACGUCUUCUUCAUACAGGAUUGUAUGUGUGAUUGUAUGCUGAUGUAAGCAGACUGAUGCAUGCUGUUAUUUGGCUAAAUGUAAAUAAUUAAGUUUCUGGUGCUCCUGAACCGGACAAACAACUUGUUCACCU